AUGGACACUGGGAUGGACCUGCUCCACAGCUCAGGGGUAGAACUGGUGCAGUAUCUACAGUUGAAUUACAAGGAUUCCCAGAGCUGGUUCACUUUUAUCUCUUUUGCUGCUGACCUGAGAAAUACUUUCUUUGUUUUCUUUCCCAUCUGGUUCCACCUGUGUGAAGCAGUGGGCAUCAAACUCAUCUGGGUGGCAGUCGUUGGAGACUGGCUCAACCUCAUCUUUAAAUGGAUAUUAUUUGGCCAGAGACCUUACUGGUGGGUUCGUGAAACAUCCUACUAUGUCAACUCAUCUUUUCCUGUAUUAGAGCAAUACCCCAUCACCUGUGAAACAGGGCCAGGAAGCCCCUCGGGUCACGCCAUGGGGUCAGCUGGGGUUUGGUAUGUGAUGGUGACAGCAUUUCUGACCAGCACACUUCAGAAUAAGCAAUUUCCUUUAUGUUACAGGUGUCUUCGUGCUGUCCUUUGGACUGUAUUCUGGAUGAUGCAGGUCUGUGUCUGUGUAUCCAGAGUGUUUGUGGCCACUCAUUUCCCACACCAGGUCUGUCUGGGGGUCAUUUCAGGGAUGGUUGUGGCUGAAAUAUUUUGUCGAAUUAAUGCAAUCUACAACGUAACCUUCAAGCAGUAUCUGAAGAUCACCCUCUCCCUGUUUUCCUUCGCUCUGGGCUUUUAUCUGCUGUUGAAAUUGGUGGGAGUGGAUCUGCUGUGGUCCGUGGAGAAAGCCCAGAGAUGGUGCGCCCGAGCAGAAUGGGUCCACAUUGACAGCACUCCCUUCGCUGGUCUGGUCAGGAACAUGGGAGCCCUGUUUGGAUUGGGAUUAGCUCUCAACUCCCCUAUUUAUGUGGAAAGCCGCAAAGGAAAGAGAGGCCAGCAGUUCAGCUUCAGACUAAGUUGCAUUGUGACGUCCUUGAUCAUCCUGCACCUGUUUGACUCUAUGAAGCCCCCGACACAGAGAGAAUUCCUCUUUUACUUACUGUCUUUCUGUAAAAGUGCUGCAGUGCCUCUGGUAGCCGUGGCAUUUGUACCGUACUGUAUCUCUCAACUUAUAAACCGCGAGGGAAAGAAGCUCCUAUAGAUUUCUGAAAAUGAAACGUUAUCACAGGUAUUAAGGUGAGUGGUCAGGGGACCCUAAAAAAAAAUCAGUCUACAUUUAACUGAUUCAUGUACAUGACAUAAGAAAUGCUGCACAUCUUUCUGCUCAAAACUCACUUCCACUAUAUGUUCUUUGAGAUAGAGCAGAAGUAACUCGCCAGAGGUUUCCUGCUGCUGGUUAGCUGAUUGACAUCUGUGGCAGUAAUUUUUUUAUUAAGUACCUCUUUAGUAUGGAUGGGGGAUAUAGGAUGAGUGGAUCGAGGUGUUGACAGGUUUGGGGGUGAUAUGCUCCACCCUUCCACGUUUUAACUUGCCAGAAUUCAGACACAGGAAAGCUGCUCACACCAGAGGAGCUGGGGCGGAAUUUAAGUGGCUGCCCUUUGCUCCACAACCUUGGGCCUCUUCUCCCCUGCCUCCACCCCCGUCAACUUCCCCGUUGCAAACCUUACCAAUUCCCACUUUGUCACUUCUCCAGCUGUUGCAGUCGUUUUCUGAUGGCAUCAAUUGGAAAUGGCAAUGGUUCCUACUUCUUCUCAUUCUCAAUGAUGACUCGGGAAAUUAGAGAAUGGCUCUGCCUAUUUUAAAAGAGGAUUCAGUCUUAUGUCAUCUGCAGGUGGUAUUCCAUUGGUAUUAACAUUUGGUCAGUGGCUUCACAAAUAAUUGAAUUUUAGACCCUUGAAGCAUGGCAAGAUCUUGAAUUGUUAUUUAUUUAUUUUUAGUGAUUGUGUUUUUGUUUCAGGAAGGGUAUAAAG